GAGUUCAACUGACUGAGUCUUGAAUAGUUUCUUACAAUUAGUCUAUGAAAAAACUAAUUGUUUAUGAAAGUCAAAAAUCUUAGCACAAAUUAUGUAUUAUUGAAUAAUGGAUUUACCUAGAAUAAUUUUUUUAGUAAGUGGAAAAAGAAAAUCCGGAAAAGAUUAUACAGUUGAGAAAAUAAAAGAAUCGAUUGGUGUUCAUUGUGAGAUAGUACGAAUUUCGGCUCCAAUAAAAACGCAUUGGGCUAAUAAUUUAGGAUUAAAUUUAAAUGAAUUAUUAGGUGAUGGGCCAUACAAAGAAAAAUAUAGAGUGGAUAUGAUUAAAUGGAGCGAUGAAAUUCGUCAGAAGGACUACGGAUAUUUUUGUAAAGCAGCAUGUAAAGAUGCUACAAAAAAAUUUAUAUGGAUAGUGAGUGAUACGAGAAGAAAAACAGAUUUGAAAUGGUUUCGUGAAACUUAUGGAGAAAAAAUCAAGACAAUUAGAGUUACUACAUCGAAUGAAAUUAGAGAACAGCGAGGGUGGAUAUUUAAAACAGGUGUGGAUGAUUCAAUAUCCGAGUGUGAUUUGGAUGACGUUAAUGAAUGGGAUUAUGUAAUAAAUAAUACACCACAAAAUUAUGAAACAGAUUUAUCAAAAGUUUUAACUUAUAUGAAAACUUUUGUUGUUUAAAGGAGUUAAAAGGAUCAAUGAAGCUCUAAGUUCUAAAUAUUGUAAAGUUAACUUUAAUUAAUCUUUUUACAAGAAAUAUUUUAUUAUGAA